ACCACACACCUGUUUCUGCCAUUCAACUUACAUUGUACCAUGAGUUUAACCAUCGCUGCCAUUGCAAGCAUUUCGCUCAUUGCCUAUGCAUGUCUGGUGCCAGCACCUGUUCUAGUAUAUGACAGAGAGAAGAGCCGAGGUAUCAGAGAGUCGGAGCAAACCUAUCCAGACGAGCUUGACGAUAUAGAGAGGUUACGCUACCCCGCGAUAACUCGAACCAUGGCAGGGUCGAUUCCGUUGGCUGCACAGCUGGCGUGGAAGUAGUUCUCGUUCGAUACACAAAUAAACAAUGUAUCCAGGUUUCAUUCUUGUUAACGUACAAUAGCAGAUGAAAGAACAAGAUUUGUUGAAAGCCUAAGUCAAGCCAGCGUGUAAAACGGAAAGAGCAUUUAGCAAUAAGCCUUGGGCGAAUAGAGACGGAUAUCGAGAAAAGCUCGGUCAUAGUUUCAAUAUUCGAUGCAUGAGAGAACAAAUGUAAAGGAUCCAC